AUGUCCGAGGUCAGCUCCAAGCCGGGUAAAUCGGCACUUCUUAGUCUUUUCAAGGAGAUUUUCAAUUGGUAUCCGUCUCAUUAUCCAUCCGAAGAAAGAAAGCUGCUCUUCAAGUUAGAUGUGUCAAUUCUCAUUUUUGCGUGUUUAUGCUAUCAAACGAAUAUCAGCAAUGCCUAUGUCAGCGGACUCAAAGAAGACUUCAGUCUUAACGGCAAUCAGCUAAAUUAUUUCAAUGUCUGCUACUACACAGCAUACGUGGUGUUUCAAGUUCCGGGACUAUUGCUGUUGUCGCGUCCAAAAUUAGCUCGCUGGCUGCUCCCCGGAUUGGAAGUUUUAUGGGGUGUCUGCACUUUUGCCCAAAGCCGUGUCACAACCGUCAAUCAACUUUAUGCCCUUCGUUUCCUGGUGGGAAUGCUUGAGGCACCUGUCUUUGCCGGAACUCAUUUUAUUCUGGGCUCGUGGUAUUCCGGCCCGGAACUCUUCAAGCGUGCGGGCACAUGGUUCAUUUGUAAUCCUCUUGGCACCAUGGUUAGUGGUUACUUGCAGGCCGCAGCUUAUACCAACUUGUCAGGGGUUGGGGGAAUGCCAGGCUGGAGGUGGCUAUUUAUCGUUGACGGUAUCUUCACCAUUCCGGUAGCCUUGCUUGGCUUUCUUAUCUUCCCGGGUAUACCAGGCUCACCGCAGCCAUUUUACCUAACCGAGAGUGAUAUUGCCUUGGCCAAGGAGCGAACACGUAGAGCAGAAAUCCGUCGCCCCGGAAAGCUUGGGCUUGAUGUUUUCAGGCGGUCCUUGAAACGAUGGCACAUUUGGGUGUUUAUUACAUGCUACGCAUGCAUGAUCAUCUGUUCUUACCCAUCAGCCUAUAUGAGUCUAUGGCUCAAGGCGGAGGGCUACUCUGUGACACAGAUCAAUCAGCUUCCGACGGUUGUCAGCGCGAUCACAAUUGUCGCUUCGUGGCUUGGAACAACUGUCGCUGCGAUAUAUCCUACAUGGGUCAUCUAUACUAUCGCUUCUGCGUUUUGUCUCUUCUCCACUCUAUGUAUGGUCAUUUGGAACAUACCUAGGACACUAAAGUUCGUUGCCUGGUACCUGUUUGGAUUCUCAGGCUGCUUGAGCCCUAUCUUGUACUCGACCGUCAACACGAUCGUCAAAGAUGACUCAGAGGAGCGGGCACUGAUUAUGGGCGCGAUGAUGACCUUUGGAUAUUCCUUUAACAUCUGGGUUCCCCUCUUGCUAUUCCCGACAGCCGGUCCAGAUGGGGCGCCUCGAUGGAAGAAAGGAUGGCCAGUGGCCUUUGUGUUUUACUUCCUACUGUGGGCCGGCUUUGUAUCCGCUGUCCUAUUACAUAAGAGGGAGAAACGAGGAGAGAUCGGUACGGCUCCUAGCGAAACGAGUGUCGAGAACACCGAGACCAUCGUUAUUGAGAACAGCUUAAAUUCCAAGACUGGGUGCUUCGAGGUCUUGAAUGGGUAG